UCCCCACUUCUUUAUCUCGUGAUAUUUGUAGCUAACAACAAACCACUUCUUUUAGCCCUAGAAAGUGGACAGAGAGUUCUUUUUAAAAGAGAAGAAGAAAAAAAUGAGUUAUGACUCGGAAGAGAGCAGACCCAACUCGGCUCCUGCUACGAAGUACAAGGGGAUACGAAGAAGGAAGUGGGGCAAAUGGGUAUCCGAAAUCAGAGUUCCAGGCACCCAAAGCCGACUCUGGUUAGGCUCCUACGCGACUGCAGAGGCAGCGGCGGUGGCCCACGACGUUGCGUUUUACUGUCUUCGAAGACCCUUAACGUCGGAGGGUCUCAACUUCCCUAUGAUGCUGCCGGCAGCUGGUCUUCCGGGGAACAUGUCACCGAGGUCAGUGCAGAAGGCGGCUUCCGACGCCGGCAUGGCAAUCGACGCCCAGGUUCAGUUGCCGUCGUCAGCAGGGAAUUCGCCUGGGACAGAACAGAAAGUGACGAGUGGAGUUCAAAACGGUGCGUUUUGUAGCACGGAUCAGACUCUGCUUUGGGGCGACGUGGGAGCAAGCUCUGGGACGUGGGAAGGGUGCGAGGUGGAACUGGGACCCGAUGCAGAGGCCUUGAGCAUUUCUAUUGAAGAUUAUCUCUAAUAAUAUAAUAUGAUAGAACUAAUUUUGGGUCUUUUGUAGGACCCUUGCUUGCAUACUUAUUUGUAUAUACCCAGAAAGAAAAUCACCAACUAUGGAAGAGUGAUACUUUUUACUAGUUUUUUAGCCAAUAAUAAUAAAUAUAAUGCAGACAUUAUUUGUGUUUUUGCAUAUAUUACCAUUUAGUUAGUGAUUUUAAAUCUUAACCAUUUGGAUGAGAUGAAGGAAGAUGACUUAUGUUAAUGAUUAUAAGAAGAAAAGAAAAUAUCAACAAAAACAUUUUCCCCA